CUUCACCAGCCCAGCCAGUACUACCCUGACAAUCUGCCACACAUGGUCGACUGGCGGACCGUGGAUGGCGUUCUCACCGGCGUAAAGAAACAGGGGAGAUGCGGAAGUUGCUGGGCUAUUGCUGCCACCGGGGCGAUGGAGAGCAUCCACUUCCUCAAGAACAACAAGCGCACCAACCUCUCCGUUCAGGAACUGGUUGACUGCAGCUCUGAGAACAUGGGUUGCGAUGGCGGCUGGGCUGAAAAGGCCUUCCAAUACGUCAUCAACAAGCACGGAAUCCAUUCCUCGGAGCAGUACCCCUAUGUGGGAAAUGGGUCGCGCUGCACCACUCCCUCGGGAUCUCGCGUCAUGUCCAUUGGGAGAUAUGUCUACGUGCGUCGACAUAAUGAGAAGCAGCUCAUGGACGCGGUGUCCCACUGGCCCGUAGUGGUUCCUUUUUUUGGAACCAACAGCACCGCGUUCAUGCGCUAUAGUGGUGGCAUCUUCAGAGGGCCUUGCAACGAUACACAAAGGCACCAAUUCCUGCUCGUGGGCUACGGCACGAUGCCAAGUGACGAUGCCAACGAUCCCGGCGUCAAGUAUUGGGUGGUGCAGAACUCAUGGGGGGAGUCAUGGGGAGAGAGGGGCUAUAUGCUCGUCGAGCGUGGUCAUGAGGUUGAUGGCGGCGUCUGUGGCAUUAUGUCGCGGCAUUCAGUGUAUCCAGCACAUCCGAAAUAGUUCAAUCACACAUUUUCUUGAUCUCAUAAU